GUUAUUUUGUAAUAAUGAAGCUACAGGGAACAAAAUCACGCAACUAAUUUCUUGACGACUGCAAAAAAUUAUUUUCAUUGCAUUAUUAGGCAACCACUGUUCAUAUUUCUUCUUUCUUCUUUAGGUGGCGGAGUAUACAAAGUUGAAGUUUUUAGAGCAAUCAACGGAGGUUGCGCCGUUAAAGAUGGUGUCCACCCGGCUUAUCGAUUAUCCGGAGUAGACUUCUUUAAGAUCAAUGCUUCUCACUCCCGCCGUCGUAUCGCAGCCGUCUCAUCGCCGUCCGUCAACCAUAGUGUAUUGAAGUGAGAAAAAAUGGGGGACAAGAAGAAGACGUUCAUGUUCAUCCACCUAGUGUCAGCUGCUGGAACUGGAUUCUUCUAUGUCAAGAGAAAGAGUAGCAAGGGUCUUCUCGAGAAGUUUGAGUUCCGCAAAUACGAUCCUCGUGUCAACCGCCAUGUCCUCUUCACUGAGCAGAAGAUGAAGUGAUCUCCUUGUCUGCGUGUUACAUUGUUUUCAAAUCUCUUUGCAAGUAGUAUUGUUACUAUCUAAUCAAACAAGUUCUUCUUAAGCACCGUUGAGUUUUAGACUUCGUAAGUUUCAGUUUGAGGAUUGCUUUUAAGUUUUAACUAUCUCA